UAUCAAGUCUUAAAGUGUUUGUAAAAUGACUUGUUCGAUGUUUCGUGUUUGUUUUGGAAAUUAAGUGAAAGUUUAAAGACCGAAUUUUGGGAAGGAAAUCAGUCUAAUUUAUGCGAAUGAUUUGAUAGCUCAUUAAGUGAGUUAUGAUCUAUGAUUCAUUAUCUACAUUUAUAACAUAGAGGCACAAUGAGUGAUGCAACAGUGCGUGUAUUGGUUACCGGAGGCUCAGGCCUGCUGGGUCGGGCUGUCAUGAAGGUGUUCAAGGAGAAAAACUGGAACGUACUUGGAACAGCAUUUUCAAGAGUUAGCCAGGGCCUGGUGAAGUGUGACCUGACAGACAGCAGCUCAGUCGAGGUGUUGAUUGAUAAGGAGAAGCCUGAUUUCAUCAUCCACGCAGCUGCUGAGAGAGCUCCAGAUGCUGUUGAGAAUAGAUAUGAGGAGACACGGAAGCUUAACGUUGCAGCAUCAGGCCAUUUGGCAGCAAUUGCAAAGCGCUGUGGAAGCAAACUCAUAUACAUUAGCACAGAUUAUGUCUUUGAUGGAACGUCGCCCCCUUACAGAGAGACAGAUGCUUGCAAUCCCUUGAAUAAAUAUGGACAGACAAAACUGGACGGAGAAAAGGCCAUUUUAAAAGAAGAUCCAAGCGCUUGCAUCCUGAGGGUUCCAAUCCUGUAUGGUCCUGUUGAGAAAGUGGACGAGAGUGCCGUGACGUGCCUGCUGCCACUUUUACAGUCGAAUGUAUCCAAGAAAGUAUCCCAUUACGAGAAGAGAUACCCUGUCCAUGUCAGAGACGUGGCACUCGUUUUGCGGGAUCUUGUCAGUGCCAUCAGCAAGGACAAGGAAAUCAACGGAAUAUUCCAGUGGAGCGGAAAGGAGCAGCUGACGAAAUACGACAUGAUUGUGGCAAUGGCUCGGGUGCUGUCACUCCCCCACGACCAUAUCACCCCAGACCCCAACCCAGCUCCAGGUGCUCCCAGACCCCACGACGCCCAAAUGGAUUCGUCGCGCCUUGAGUCCCUCGGGAUCUCACACCACACUGCCUUUGACGUUGGGAUCAAGGAAUGCCUUAGUCCCUGGUUAGUGUAGAGGAAUGGAGAGGGGGGGGGUCCUAGGAGCUAUCAGAGUAGUUGUUGCUGUUAUUGUUGUUAAGGAUAUUUUAUUAUACGGAUGUGCUAGUAGAGAGUAACUUUAAGAAAUACUUUUGCAUGAGUUAGAAAAAAAUAUAUACUGUUUUGUUUAGGGAUUUAUGAAUAUAUUUCUGAUAUUAAUUGUUCAUAAGUUUGGUUUAUUUAUUAGUUUUUUCUUUUUUCAAAAAAAGGCUAAAGAACAUUGGUGUAUGGUAAAGGAUUUUUUCAGAAAAGAAAAAAAAGCAAACAAACAAAGUAUAAUCUAUAUUUUGCAUUACAUAUAUUAACUUGUCUCUUAUAAUUCAGUAAUCUAGCAUAUUUUAUCUUUGUUUUAUCUAUGUUACAAAGGAUAGCAAAUUUUGUAUAAUAUAGAAGAUGGCAAUUUUAUUUCAGAUACUAUUACUGAAGCAGUUAAGGAUAUUAAUUUAUAUAUCAAAUUCUAAAUUCACUUAAUGGAAAAUGUAUGAGGUACUCUUGAAUACUUUUUUAAGGCAUUUUAUCUGUUAUUUUAUUAUAAUAAAUUUUGUGCAUUGCAUACCCUCUCAAAGAUAACAUAUGUAUGAAAUAAUUUAAUAUCUGCUUCAGAACAUUUAGGAUAAAAAUGAAAGCAAUAUUGUUUAUAAUUCAGAAAUAAAAAGAAAUAGCUUAGUUAAAGAGUAUGAUAAAAAUCCCAUAUUAUUUUUUUAUUUAUGUUUGUGUAAAAUCAUUUCUCUUACCAAAUGUAAUGGAGUUAUUGAUUCUCAUAACUUAUAUCAAAAUGUUUCAAAACAUUUACUUAAUUAGAUUUAUUGAUAAUAUUUAUACGAUUUAGUUGCAGGAUGGAGGAUAGAAGUUGUGCACCAUUUCUUCUUCUUCUUCUCCUUCUUCUUCUUCUUCUUCUUCUUCCUCCUCCUCCUUUGAAUUGAUCAUAUUCUUCUUCUUCUUCUUCCUUUUGUUUCUUUUUCUUACUUUGACUCGAUCAUAUUCUUCUUCUUCUUCUUUGUCUCUAUCUGUCUAUAUUUGUAUCUCUCUUUUUCUCUCUUCUUUUGUCUUUUUUUCUUCUUCUGUAGCAAGCACUCAACAUCAGCUGUUGUUGAUACUUACAAGUUCUUUGAACAUGACUGCCUUAUCUGUUCUGAUGAUUUUAUAUUAUGACUGUAAAGGUUAUGAAAUUACAAUAUGUAAUAUGAAAUUGUAAUUCAGGCUAUCUCUAUAUUGUUUAUGAUGUACAGUAUCCUGAUUAUUACUGAAAAAAUUGUCUAAUAUCAGGUUCUUAUUUAAAUAUUCUUGAUAAGGGUAACUUGGAGCCAUUUUGUAUUUUAUUUUCCUUUCAGUCUUUCUUUCCUCUCUCUUUCUGUUUUGGGACGACUUGCAUGCCUGAGAAUGGUAGUAGCGUUUUUUCAGCCUUUGAAAGAAAAGUUAAAACCUAUUUUGGAAUAAGCACGAUAUAUUUUAGUUUAACCCAACAACCACAGAUUUAUGUUCUGUCCCCUAUAGUUUUUUUGUGAAUUUUGUUACAUACAGAUGGCUCCACAUUUGCUCAGCCAACAAGGAGCCAGUCAGUAGGCCCUAGUGACCGAUCCUGAUUUCCCCAUUCCUUGAACUGGCAGGAAAAUGUGUUUUUCUAUUAAUAUAGUUGAUAUCGAUACUGUUAUUGUUGUUAUUGAUGUUAUGAUUAUUAAACUGCAAAUAAAAUCUUGGUAACAUUUAAGACAAUGAAAUAAUACAAAAAACCCUUUCCAAAAGUCAAGGAAAAGGGUAAACGGGUGUGAUAAAUAGGACUAAUAACUGCCUCCCUGAUGAUUAAGCACUCGUAGAGUCAUCUAUGUGUAAAUACAAUAAAUAAACUUAUAUUAUAGUGGA